AUGUAUCGUUUUGUUCCUGCUGAUAUAUUUUACGGUCAAGAUGAAUUUACAAAUAGAGAAAUUGACGACGAACGAGUAGUCACAAUUCCAACUGAAGAUCUACUUGCAUCACAAGUCCUAAAUUCUGAACAAAAAAAUGCGUAUGAUUUGAUAUUGCAUACAUUAGUAUCAAAUAAAGCUGGUGCUUUUUUCGUUGAUGGCCCUGCUGAUACCGGUAAAACUUUUCUAUACAGAGCACUUCUAGCAGAAAUUAGAUCGAAAAAUAUGAUAGCACUUGCAACUGCGUCAUCCGGUGUUGCUGCCUCCAUCUUACCUGGAGGACGAACAACACAUUCAAGAUUUAAGAUUCCAUUAAAUGCAGAUAAAAGCAGCACAUGUAAUGUGAGUAAACAGGGAAAUCUUGCUAAAUUAUUACGACUUGCAAAAUUAAUUAUAUGGGAUGAAGCACCCAUGUCUACAAAACAUUCAAUAGAAGCAUUAGAUAAAAUGUUGCAAGAUAUUAAUGAUACAGAUCUCCCUUUUGGUGGGAAAGUUAUUGUUUUUGGUGGAGACUUUCAACAAGUAUUACCUGUGAUUCGUAAUAGCACAAAAGAACAACAGAUUGAUUCAAGCUUAGCUUCUUCUUAUUUAUGGUCUAUUUUUAAAAAAAUAAAAUUAACAAAAAAUAUGAGAGCCAGAUUAGAUCCAGAUUUCUCGCAUUAUUUAAUUGAAGUUAGCAAUGGUAACGCACCCAUAACUAUUGACGAAAAUAUCGAAAUUUCCAAAGAAAUGACCAUUCCCUAUACCAAUGAUCUUGACUCUCUAAAUUCUUUAUUAGAUGCUAUUUUUGGAAAUAUUUCUAACUAUUGA